AUGGCUGCCUGUGGGAGCAUUCAACACAUCUUUGAAAACCUAUUACCAGAAAACCCUACUUUGCUCGAAUCCCUCUCUUCAUGGAACCAAAUUAAACCUGUAGUGCAGCCUGCUUUCACUGAAAUCUUUGGCGAGCUUCAUUUCAACGAAAAUGUAUGUGUUUCCCAGUCUUGUUCUUGCUUUAAAGUUUUGGAUUCUCGGAACACUAGGAAUGGUACUAAUUCCCAUGAAAAUUAUGAAAAGAGUGAAGGCUUUUCAUGGAGCUCGGAGAGUCUUCAGUUAUGCACUGAAGGGCUUGGUUUUGAGAGCUCCGGUGAUGUUGAAGACAUGAAACAAGAUUGGGAAAACAAAACGAAGACGACGGCGAAACAUUCAACGAUGGAGAAUAUGUAUGGUGGAUUGAAGAGGUCAAGGGGAAGUGGAGGAGGAGGAUUUCCACCGCCGAUUUCAUGUAUAGGGAAAAGUGGGAAGCCAUGCGUUUGCUUCAAGUCUUACAGGGAUGAUGGCAGAUUUGUGCUGAAACAGGUGAGGGUUCCCACACAAGAAUUCUUGCAUGCGUGUAGGGAAGAUGGGCGUUUGAAGCUGCAAUUUGUGCAGCCAGAUGAUGAUGACGAAGUUUUGGAAGAUGAACAACUCGAGGAAGAAGAUGAACAAGGAACAGCACAAAAGCACGACUCAUAA